AUGGAGAUAGUAGAGGCCGAUGCACGACCAUUUCUGCCCUCUGCCAUAUGUUUUGAGGCAAGGUAUUAUCAUGAUGACCUUGGUCCUUUCACCUUCCUUGGAGUCAACCAGAACGGCCGCCCUCAUGGUAUCACGGCCCAAAGACUCAUUGAAGACGGUUUAGCCAGUUCUCUAGAAGACUGGAAUAGACCUUUUGUUCUAAACCUCCAGAACUCUGAUGUUUAG